UACACACACAUUACGGCUGACUCGUUCCCUAGCGCCCUCAUUGCCUUCAAAGGCUUGCCCUUUUUCCGCCAUAGCCACACACAUCAUAAAAGCUUACAGCUCAAAAUCCCAUCUUCUCAAUCUCUGUCAGAAAGCAUCGAUCGAAACCCAUCAAUGGCUGCGAAUCCAGUUGCCCCAGGGAGGUCCGCGUCGGACUACAGCGAACUUCAGGCCAGCCGCCUCGCGGUCUCUCUCCCGCUGCCGGAGGUUCUCCGGAAAUCGUUCAAAGUCGUCGACGGCCCGCCGAGCUCCGCCGCGGGAAACCCAGAUGAAAUUGCAAAGCUUUUUCCGAGUCUCUUCGGACAACCAUCGGCAAUGCUUGUUCCCAGUGAUGCAUCUACAGCUAUUCCCGAUAAAAGCUUGAAAAUUGGAGUUGUUCUUUCUGGAGGACAAGCUCCUGGUGGGCAUAAUGUAAUAUCGGGACUCUUUGACUAUUUACAGGAAAGAACAAAAGGAAGCACCUUGUUUGGUUUUAGGGGUGGUCCAGCUGGGGUCAUGAAGUGUAAAUAUGUUGAAUUGACAAAGGACUUCGUUCAUCCAUACAGGAACCAAGGUGGCUUUGACAUGAUCUGUAGUGGGAGAGACAAGAUAGAGACCCCUGAACAAUUCAAGCAGGGUGAAGAGACAGCAAAGAAGCUCGAUUUAGAUGGACUUGUCGUCAUAGGAGGAGAUGAUUCCAACACUAAUGCAUGUCUUCUUGCAGAGAAUUUUAGGGCAAAAAACAUGAAAACCAAAGUCAUUGGAUGCCCCAAAACUAUUGAUGGUGACCUAAAAUCCAAAGAAGUGCCAAUAAGUUUUGGAUUCGACACAGCUUGCAAGAUAUAUGCUGAAAUGAUUGGAAAUGUCAUGAUAGAUGCUCGCUCAACUGGAAAAUAUUAUCACUUUGUGAGGCUUAUGGGCAGAGCUGCUUCUCACAUAACACUCGAGUGCAGUUUGCAGACUCAUCCUAAUAUAACUAUUAUCGGUGAAGAGGUCGCUGCUAAGAAACAGACACUGAAAAACGUCACAGAUUACAUUACGGACGUGAUUUGCAAACGUGCUGAACUUGGUUAUAACUAUGGGGUUAUACUUAUACCAGAAGGCUUAAUUGACUUCAUACCAGAGGUGCAACAAUUGAUUUCGGAGCUUAAUGAAAUCCUGGCUAAUGGUAGUGUUGAUGAAGAUGGAGCUUGGAAAAGUAAGCUCGGUGAACAAUCUCGCCAGCUGUUUGAUUUUCUGCCGAAAGCUAUCCAAGAGCAGUUGCUACUCGAAAGAGAUCCACAUGGAAACGUGCAGGUUGCGAAAAUAGAAACGGAAAAAAUGCUGAUCGAGAUGGUGGAAGCAGAACUGGAAUCAAGAAGGAAGAAGGGUUCGUACAAAAAGGAAUUCAGAGGACAGUCUCACUUUUUCGGGUAUGAAGGUAGAUGUGGUUUACCUUCAAACUUCGACUCGAACUACUGCUAUGCAUUGGGCUAUGCUGCUGGGGCACUCCUACAAUCUGGGAAAACCGGCCUGAUUUCAUCG